GACUGCAAGGAAGCUUACGCCGUCCGCGGCGACCGCCCCCCCGCCGCCGCGGCCGACCGCGCGACGAUCUCUCCCACUGCACGGUGGUCGACGGGGUUUUCGGCCAGGGUCCGUAGAAAGCCGACGGCCAGCCCCAGCGGCCGCGCGCCGAAGGCCUCGCACACCUCCGGGUCGUCCGCAAUCUCAUCCGCGACAGCGUUCGCCGUCGACUGGACGCAGCGACUCAAGGCCGCGCGGAGGGCGGCGGCCUGGCGUUCGGACAACCGCGGCGCCGGCGACCUAGGCGACCGCGUGCGUGCGGGAGAACGCGUUUUUGGAGGAGGCGCGCCGCCGAACGCCGGCGACCGCGCGCCCCCCGCAAAGGCCGAGGCGUCAUCGUCGUCCGAGGCGUCGUCGUCCUCCGGGAUCUCCUCGGAGCCCUCCUGGACCUCGCGCUCCUCGUCAAUCGGUGCGUUUUGCUCCGUGCGGAGCUCCCUGAGUUUUUUGAGAGCAGACCCCGGCGACAGGCCCUUCAGGGCGUCCGACGAGGGCAGGGGCUUCCGGGGCACCGACGCGAGCGGCAGCGGCGAGACGGCCUCGACCACAGAGGGCGGCGGCGGCGGCAGCGUCGACGCCUUCGGCUCCGGCGGCUUUAACCUCUCCUGCGCCGCGGCGACGCAGCUGGUCGUGAGCUUUUGCGUUUGCUCCAGGAAGGCCUCGCGGUCCGUCGCGUUGAGCAGUAGGUCGAGCUCUUGGAGCGCACGGUCGCGGUGGGGCGUGGACCGCCGCGGCGGCAUGCCGCGCCGGACGACGACGACGCGCGGCCUCUCUGUUUGUGUGCGCUCCAUGAGCUGGGCCAUGGUUAUGCGUUUGGGCUGCCUUUACUGCCAGUUU